AUGAAUAAAUUAUUAGCUAUUUUAGCUGUAAUCUCAAAUAUAUCUUCAUCUGUAAAUGCAGGUAUGGGUCUUUAUUCUAAUUGUGGUACUCCAAAUCAAAAUAGUAAUAGUCUUGACUGCAAAGGAUGUGGUACUACUAGUGCAGCCAUAGGUUUUUUCGUAGUUUCUCCAUCUCCAAAUUGUAAAGUAAGGGAUUGUACUGUUGAUCCAGGUGAUAAUCUUAACGGUUGGAUGUGUGUUUCUUGCAGUUAAUCAGUUACUCCUGUUACUGCUUAUGGUAUUGGUAAAAAGUUUCUACAAGGAAAUGCUUGUACCAAUGCUUGCUCUAAUGGUUAUGUUGUUGAUUAUAAUUAUAUUUGCUAACCAGUUUAAGGAGCAGAUGUUCCUUGUGGUACUGCAAAUUAAGCUGGUGGUAAUGCUUCUAGCUGCAAUGGAUGUGGUACUACUAGAAUAUAAAAUUAUUUCUAACCUUCUGCAGCAAAUAACUGUAAAGUUAUUAAUUGUUUUAAUUAUCCAAGUUAUCUCAAUAGUUGGAUGUGUAAAUCCUGUUAUGGUAACCCUGUUGCUCAUCAAAUUUAUUAAUAAGGUCAAUUUUUCAAUGGAUCUGUUUGCGUCGCCAGUUGCCCUAUAGACUAGGUUCCUGAUUAAAAUAAUGUUUGUUAACCCAUUCUAGGUGCUGAUGUUGGUUGUGGUACUACAAAUUAAGCUGGUGGUUAGGCUACUGACUGCUAAGGAUGCGGUGCUAAUAGUACAAUCUAAGCUUUAUUCAAAGUAUCUGCAACUCCAAGUUGUGAUGUUAUUGAUUGUACUGCUAAUCCAGGUGCUAAUCUUAAUGGUUGGAUGUGUAAAUCCUGUAAUGGUAACCCUGUUGCUAAUGCAGUUUAUUCUGCUGGUAAAUUAUUCAGUGUAAAUACUUGUGUUGCCACUUGCCCUGUAGGCUAUUCUGCUGAUAUAAAUAAUAUUUGCUAAUUAAUUCCCGUUCCAGGUGCUGAUGUUGCUUGUGGUACUGCAGGUACAACUGGUGGUAAGGCUACUGACUGUAAAGGAUGUGGUACUAAUGCUACAAUCUAAGCUUUAUUCACACCUUCUGCAACUCCAAAUUGUGAAGUUAUAGAUUGUACUGCUAAUCCAGGUGCUAAUCUUAACGGUUGGAUGUGUAAAUCUUGCAAUGGUGUCACUAAAGCUCAUACAGCCUAUGCUGCAGGAAAAUUUUUCAGUGUAACAGCUUGUGUUGCCAGUUGCUCUAAUGACUAAUCUGCUGAUUCAAAUAAUAUUUGCUAAGCUAACUCUAUUCGUAGUCCUUAUGCUAGCUCAAACUUGUUAACUUUGGCUUUUACUAUGCUUUUGUUAUUUUUAAUCAACUGA